AUGCUUUACUUGAUUGGGCUUGGGCUAUCGUACAAGUCAGACAUUACCGUUCGUGGUUUGGAAGCUAUUAGGAAAUGUUCUAGGGUUUAUUUAGAGCACUACACAAGCAUUUUAAUGGCCGCUAGCAAAGAAGAGCUGGAAACGUACUAUGGUAAGGAGGUCAUCUUAGCUGAUAGAGAAUUGGUUGAAACUGGUUCCAAGCAAAUUCUGAACAACGCUGACAAGGAGGAUGUUGCCUUUUUGGUUGUAGGUGAUCCAUUCGGUGCCACUACACACACGGAUCUUGUCCUCAGAGCUAAACGUGAAGGAAUAUCUGUAGAAAUCAUUCAUAAUGCCUCUGUCAUGAAUGCUGUAGGAGCAUGUGGGUUACAACUAUACAAUUUCGGUCAAACUGUUUCCAUGGUUUUCUUUACUGAGGAUUGGAGACCUGACUCUUGGUAUGACAAGAUCUGGGAAAAUAGAAAAAUUGGUCUUCAUACUUUGGUGCUGUUGGAUAUCAAGGUUAAGGAACAAAGCAUCGAGAAUAUGGCCCGUGGCAGAUUAAUUUACGAGCCACCAAGAUACAUGUCUAUUUCUCAAUGUUGUGAACAGCUAUUAGAAAUCGAAGAGAAAAGAGGUGCAAAGGCAUACACCCCAGACACUCCUGCCGUUGCCAUUAGUAGGUUGGGUGCAAGCUCCCAAAGCUUCCACUCUGGUACCAUAAGCGAAUUGGCCAACUACGAAUCGGGCGAGCCUUUACACUCACUGGUCAUCCUCGGCAGACAAUGUCAUGAACUGGAAUUGGAAUACUUGCUAGAAUUUGCCAAUGAUAGAGAAAAGUUUGUAAAAGAUGUGGCAAAGGACCAAGAAUACUUCAAGCCUGCGGCAUGGGUUCCUCCUGCAGAAGACAACGAUGAUGAGUAG